UUGGCCCUCCUAAAACGACGCCCGCCGUUCGUUCACGCUUGCAUUCGGUGGCGCGACAAACACGGCCAAAGAUGUACGUCGUGCAAGGCAGCACGUGUGUGCGACUCAAUUUGUCAUUUUCUAUGGGGCGGGUAGCAUCGGGCGUCACCGAGGCUGUCGCGGUACAUUCGCCCGACGGGUUAGUUGCGGGUUCCGUUCCCACUCAGUGACGACGCUGUGCAUGGGAGUGCGAGCGGUUGUCCGCGUCUAUAUGCGACCGACUGGCGACCAGUUCAGGGAGUCGUCCGCCUUUCGCCCGGGGUCAGCGGGGAUGGGCUGCAGCGCCCCGCACCAGAAACCCAGAACGCACCCUGUGCCAAUUACCGGGAAUAAUCCCGAACGUCAAUGGAGGCGCAUUCAUUAACUCGUUAACGAGCUGCAGCUGACAUUCCGCCAAACGGCCAUCUUGCGCCCGCGGUGCACGCGCUCACUCACUCAUCAGUGAGCUGGAGCGCGCGCGCGCCAAAGACCGUUGACAGCAUGAUGGAAAUCGAGAUGGAGGCGUGUCUGUCCAGCGGAGACUCGACACGAUUGGCCGAGUUGCUUUGUGAAGAAGGCGCGACCGGGAGCACGCUUACCCGACUGGGCCUGGUGGUCCGCAAGCAACUGAGCUUGGCCGAGUUUGGAAGAGUGGAUGUGGUCUUUAAGUCUUUGGAGAGUCUCAUGGGCAACAAAAACCACGCCAAGACCCUGCUCGCUCUUGGAAUCACACACAAAGUUCUUUCGUGGUUCCAAACUUUGCGUGACCUUUUGACCUCUGGAUCCUCAAGAAGCUCUGCCCAGCCCCUGGUGACUGAAAGCUUCUAUGACUUUCUGCUGCUGCUGAGCCGCUCGAGUCUUCCAGCUGUUGAGCUGUCCGUGGUCCUCCUGGAACUUCUGCGCACGCUCCUGGAAGCAGACCUGCACUUCAACAUUAGACUGGAGGCCGUGAGAACGUUCAACUGCAUCUUGGAUUCUCUGGGCAAAGAGCAGAGGAGGCGCAUCCAAUCGGAGCCGAGGCUCCUGCAGAUGAUGUCGGAGGUGGUGGCGACCAUUCAGACAGUCGGAGACUACGAGAUGCAGGUGAGCCUAUCGGAGGCUCUAUGUCGUCUGACUCCCAGGAAGGAGCGAGUCCAGCGAGCCAAUCAGUGGUUCUGCUGCGACAUUGGCAACGCCUUCUGCAACAUAAAAGACGCGGACUUUGAGGUGGAUUGUCGGCAUUUCCUGAACUUCCUGAACGAUUGUCACGGCGAACAGAGAAGGGUUUGGAGCGUACCAUGCGUCAGAGCCUUCUUGGAGACCACAGAGCUCUUUCGCCCCAAAGAUGAAAAACUAGAUGAGUUCUGGGUAGACUUCAACUUUGGAUCGCAAUGCAUCAGCUUCUUCAUUGACCUUCCUCAGGGUUUCCUGUGGGGUUCUGUGCACCUGCUUAAGGAAGAGGUGGACCGGUACCAGCUUGAGGUCCAGCAGGAUGAAGGAAGCAGGGCUCAGGCAGUCCUCAGUGUCCAGCUGAAGAUUCCCAUCAUGCACCUGAGUAGCAAAGGCCACAGAGUAAAGCUGCUCUUCCGUCCGGAGCUGCUGGGAGAGCUGGAGGCGGCGGCUGCGAGGGUCUUUAUGGUCGAGGGAGCAGGUGAUGGAGUCCAGGCCUCCCCCUCUCCUACAAGGCCGCUCGGUAGAGUCUCCAAGAAGAAGCCACCCAGUCAACUGAAAGUUCUUCCGCUGUCAUCCCCAAGCGGCGACGACGACGACGACGCCGCCGCCUCGGUUACCAUGCGUUCCAGAAGUAAAGCAGAGAUCCUGUUUGAUCAAGUAUUGCACUCGACGCCGUUGAAAGUGUCUGGCGUUCUUGCGUGGACAGAGCCUGAGAUCUUUCAGGAAGAGAACUUUGACACGGGGGGAAACAUUUCUGAUGUGACAAAGGAUGGUUCCGGUUCCAAAAGAAAGCGAGCCCCUCCAGAAUUAGGCAGUCCCGUCUGCGUUCGGGAGCCGGAGGUGGAGGCGAGGCCGGGGCCCUCCGAACCCCAGUCGGUGCAUCUGGAGUGGGGGAGGGUGCUAACUCAAGCCAUGCUGCAAAAUCAGCAAGACACAAAAGAUCAAUUGAAAAUCAUUGCAGACACACUGCAACAUAUCAACGAGUCACUGGCACAGAUUGCUGCUGCAUGUGCAACAAACGUGUCAAAUAAACCAAAUGUUGAAUGACGA